AUCGUCAACACCUUCCGACCUUCGAUUUCCACACUUCUAGGUACUUCUCGGCACAUCAAGAUUCAGAAAGCAAGACGUCCAUUGGAGGAGCUAUGGUCCGAAAAGCGCUUUUAAUUGGUAUAAACUACACAGGGACGAAUCACGCUCUCAGGGGCUGCCACCAAGAUGUAAGGAACAUGAUCGAGUUCCUCGAAUACCAUGGAUUCCAUCAAGAUGAUAUGGUGGUUUUGAUGGACCAGGAAGGUACCGAUCCGCAUGGCUCAUCAUGGCCGACCGGGCAAAACAUCCAAAGAGCUAUCCAAUGGCUGAUCCAUACUCCGAAUGCGUCGCUAUUCAUGCAUUAUUCGGGGCAUGGUGGUAAUAUCCCGGAUCCAGAUGGCACGGGAACCAACGCCACCAUCUGCCCGGUGGACUUCGAACAGCAUGGCCAAAUUGACUCAGAUACGCUUCAUCAGACUCUUGUCACGCCUUUGCCUCCCAGCAGUCAGAUUCACGCUAUCUUCGACUGCUGUCAUAGCGGUUCUGUUCUCGAACUCUCCCAUGUCUACCGCCUUGACGAGUCCGGCCAUGUUCUGCUGCUAGACAACAUCAAAACCGGGCUCCGCCUCGCCAGCUCCGCCGCCGGCCUCCUCCAAGGCGGAUUCACAAGGGAGAAAGUACGUGACGCCCAGGAACUUUUAGGCGGCGCGAAGUCCUUUUUCAGCUCGUUCAGCCGAUUGGGAAGCGGCAACGCCGACGGACUGGACGAAGAAGCGAACUCGGACUACCCCGAAGAAGCGCGGCAGGCGAUCCUGUACUCAGGGUGCCGAGACGACCAGACAUCCGCGGAUGCGUCGAUCGCAGGGGCGGCGACGGGGGCGAUGAGUUGGGCGUUUUUGAAGGUUAUGAGGGAGUUUGAUGGGCAGCAGAGUUAUGUGGAUAUCUUGAGGAAUACGCGGGAGUUGUUGGUGCAGAAUUAUUCGCAGGUGCCGCAGUUGAGUUGCGCGGGGGAGAUUGAUCUGGAUAGCUCGUUUCAAUUGUAGGGGUAGGGAACGGGUAGCUGAUGACUGUGAUGAGAUGAUGAACAGCAAGGGUUUAUUAGAAAACAAAUUAUGAGAUUUAUGUCCAGGGAAAUAUUUCUGGGGUGUCUAUAGGUAGUCUAUACGUGUCCAUCAUCUUACAUCAGUCGUGAAUGCUGCGAUAGGGAAUGUUCUUGAGUCGAUCCUCAUUGUUUGCCCUUUAGCCACAGCCUCCGUUCCUAUUCCCGUACACCAGCAGGUAAUAGACGAUGCAUAAUGGCCCCAAUGACAACUGCUGUAAGCGAACCACUCCACUGUGCGUAGUAGUAUGUCCAAUUACCACUCACAGCCAUAAGACCAAAGCACCUAGCAGGGUUGAGUG